GUUAACGCGAACUGAACGCACUCCAGCACACACACACACACACACACUCUCUCUCUCACACACAUGCUCAAACUGCAUCGCGCUUCGUGCCAUAAACUAGUUUUGAGGACUUUGUAGCCAAAUUAAGCCAAUAAUUGCAGUCAAAUAUUGAUAUAUACAAAGUAAUUUGCUACCAACAACUAUUCAGCCUCCGCAUUCUCUUGACGAGACAUCCCUCGCGAGUCAUAUUUGGGAGAUUGCUGUCGCAUGACAAUCCUAAACGGACCAAAAACUAUUGAUUCCGACGAAUAUGCGUAUUUUUUUUAGGCAGGACAUGGGUCCUCUGUACAAUUCUUAAGCCGUUACGUUUAUCUAGGGCAAGUUAUUUUCAAUGAUUUAGCAGGAUUUAGUUCGCCUUGUCCAGCAGUGACUGGAACAGAUUGGCAUUUCGUUUUUAGACAUGCACGGACUGAGUUGCAAAUGUAAAUGGGGCCUUACUCUCACUCUGUUCUUAUCUGUUAUUUGCGUGUUUAUCUUCUGUGAAUAUUUGAUAUAUUACUCUGCAAUUUUGCGUUGUUCGUGGCCGAAGUUGAAUAGAGACAGCGGCAAGGGACUCCCCCCGCUUCGCGCUUUGUUUCUGUCGGAUACCCACCUCCUUGGCGCAAUAAAGGGACACUGGUUCGACAAACUACGAAGAGAAUGGCAGAUGGAGAGAGCUUUCCAGACAGCACUGGGGGUCCUACAGCCAGAGGUGGUCUUCAUUUUGGGAGACAUCUUCGACGAGGGGAAAUGGAGCUCCCCAAAGGACUGGGAGGAUGACGUCCGCCGCUUUAAGCAGAUCUUCCGACAUCCCAGAGACAUGGAGCUUAUAGCCAUCAUUGGUAACCAUGACAUCGGCUUCCAUCAAGAAAUGAGCUGGUACAAACUUGAACGCUUUGAGAGGGUAUUCAAUGUCACCUCUGCCCGGAUCGUAACCUACAAGGGAGUCAAUUUUGUACUGGUGAACAGUAUGGCCAUGCAUGGAGACCGCUGCCCCAUCUGCGAGCAUGUGGAAAACGAGCUGUACAGCCUCUCUCAGGCUCUCAACUGUUCAGUGCUGAGAAACCGGUCAAGCAGCAUGAGAACAUACUGUCAGGAGGACAUGCAGAAGUUUCCCCGCUCAUCACCUAUCAUCCUACAGCACUACCCUCUGUACCGACCCAACGAUGCAGAGUGCACUGGGCAGGACGCUGCUUCUCCUGAAGAGCGACACCAGGUGUUCCAUGAGCGCUAUGACGUGCUAUCCCAGGAGGCUUCUCAAAGGUUACUUUGGUGGUUCCAGCCCCGCCUUAUCCUGAGUGGCCACACCCACAGUGCCUGUAAGGUGGUCCAUGACAACAAGCACCCAGAGAUCAGCGUUCCUUCCUUCAGCUGGAGAAACCGCAACAACCCCAGCUUCAUCCUGGGCACCUUCUCUCCCACGGACUUCCAGUUGGCCAAGUGCUUCCUGCCAGAGGAGAGCAGCGUGGUGGCCAUCUACUGUUCCACAGCCAUGGUCGUCUCCCUCCUGCUCAUGGCCCACCUCCACCUCACCAAGACCUCCAUGCUCCUGGCCACCAAUCUCAUGGGCAAGCACAAGGGCUUCUGACAGUGUUUCCCCUAGAUCGAACCGUUUGCUUGGCGGGCCACUUUAAAAAAAAGUCCCCUGAAGUAAAGUGUGACUGAAACCAAUAGAG